AUGGUAUAUUUCACUUAUCGUGCAGUUUCAGAAUACAUCACGGCGAGGAACAACGGAACCACCAUCAAUGGUAAACUGACUUUGGACCAGAUAGUCGACAGUUUCGGUUCCUGGGAAACCAUGUGCUGGGUGGGGGUGUGCAUUCUGGUGAUCCUGGUAUUCAGCAUUUUGCUUGCCUAUUCUGUUGUGGCCACGGUUUAUAUUUUCUUUAUAAUCGCGUUGGUCUCCUUAGCCUUAGCAUUGUGCUACACUGCGAUCCAGGCUUACACUACGUGGUCGGAAGGAAACGUAACUUCGGCUAAGACGUGGAUCGGUACAAGCCUCAUGUGGAUCCUCGUACUGCUGUUGAUCUUGUUGUUUGCUGCUCGGUUCGCUAUGGCGCUUUUUCGCCGCAACAGUAAGGAAGCCAUCGGGAGCAUCAAGGCGGCAUGCAAAUCCAUAAGGUUGUCGGCGGUGUUUUUUUCAUCCGGGGUGGACUGCCUGCUAUUUAUGGCGAUCGUUUUAAGCGGCAUGGUCGCGCUGAAAAUGGCAUCGGUCGGAAAUACGUACUCAAGUGCUCUGCCGGUAAUCGUGAUGCUGUUGUUUACGUUCAUCUUAUCAACCUUCAGGAGCAUGGUGCUGGCAUACAUAGCAAUUUCAAAAAAGGCAGCUCUUACAUUGGGCGCUGCGAUUCGCUUUGUCGAAUCAAACGACUUUAUUACAAUCGGCCUAUGGGAACUUGCAGCCACAAUAAUAUUUAGUGUUAAAAUUUUGUGGCAGAUUUACGACUGGAUGAAUCUGGGGGCAAUUGGAUUCAUCAUACUGUUUGUUAUCAAGAUAGUGUGGAUGGCUAUGCAAUUGUGCCUGGGGAAACGAAUCAGGAAAAUUGACGCAUAUGUGCAGCUUUCCAACUUUGAAAAUGCGUACAUCGUGCGUGCCAUCUCCGGCAAGAGCUUCAUCGCCAGCGCCAAGCUCGCGGGAAAAAUGCUUCGUGAAGAUUCACUGCAGGACACCGACUCUAUAUUUCAACUUCUACACCUGGCCCCGAUGUGCGUGUUGGCUCCGCUUGGCUACGCGCUUUUUUCCUGGCAGCAGAUUGUUCCGACCAUUGUUGCGGCUGUCGGGACAUACUUUACCACAGCAACAUUUUUGCACCCCUUCAAAGUGGUGGUGAAAACAGCAGAGUUUUCCAAACUGAUCGUACGUGAAGACAACGCAGGACCAUCAAGAGACCAUCCAUAAACCACGAGCAAACACCAAAGAAGAACGAGGAGGUAGUACCUACAGUAAUUAUCAAUACGGAUACAUCAGCGAUGAA